CACACACACACACACUCAGAUCCUCUCACAUACACACACGCUCACAGCUGUUGAUACUUCUCCCGCUGAUGAACGCUGGGGAGCAGAGCCCGCAGGAAUCUAGGAGAAAGCAUAUCUGCUGUUUGCCUGCAGCUCAACCAAAGAGCAUCUAUAUGGAAUAUCUAGACAGACAAGUGGACUGGCUGGUUUUUUACUGAUCACUGCUUUGGUACUCGCAUUCUAACGCUCGUAUCCCGCUCUUUUUUUUUUCUUGUCUUUCUGGCUCUGGAAUUCAGUGUUGGAAUUUUAGCACAGACAGUGAGCAACAGAGGAAAAAUAGAGACAUGUGUUUUGCCUCAGUUGCCUACUACUACUGCCUGUUAUCUCCCAUUCACUGACCAAGGAGGAAAUACAAGGUGAGAGGCAGAGCGGCAGCCAUUGAGAAAGCGACUGAGGUGAAGCAGGCAUGAGUGAGGACAGCCAUCAGGGGGUUGUGACCACCCCUCCUCCAUCCGGUGGCGGGACCAAGGAGCGCUACUUCGACCGGGUCAAUGUCAACGAUCCGGAGUACAUCAGAGCCAGGAACAUGUCGCCCGACCUCCGGCAGGACUUCAAUGUUCUGGAGCAGAAGAAACGCGUCACACAGAUCUUACAAAGCCCCGCCUUCAAAGAGGAGUUGGAGAGUCUGAUCCAAGAGCAGCAGCGGAAGGGGAACAACCCCACUGGCCUGCUGGCCCUCAGACAGAUCGCUGACUUCUUCAUGGCCAGCUCAGUGGCCGGUUUCAACACUUCCCCCCUCAGUCUGGGGAUGGUCACUCCCAUUAACGACAUGUACGGAGUGGAAUCCACCACAAUGGUGAAAGGAGAGAAGCAGACGCGCUGUAAACUGGCCAGCCUCUACAGACUGGUGGACCUGUUCAGCUGGGCUCAUUUUGCCAGCUCCUACAUCACAGGCCGAGUCAGUAAAGAGCAAGACCACAUCCUCAUCAUCCCUAGAGGACUGUCAUUCGCCGAGGCAUCCGCAGCAAACUUGGUGAAGGUCAACAUCAUUGGGGAUGUGAUCGACCAGGGCUCCACCAACCUGAGGAUCGACCAUGCAGGUUUCAGCCCCCAUGCUGCCAUUUACUCAAUGCGUCCGGACAUCCGCUGCGUCAUACAUGUGCACACUCCUGCCAUGGCUGCUGUGUCAUCUAUGAAGUGUGGCAUCCUGCCCAUUUCCCAGGAGGCUCUGAUCCUGGGUGAUAUUGCCUACUACAACUACCACGGCAGCCUGGAUGAUCAAGAAGAGCGCAGGGAGCUGCAAAAAGCCUUGGGCCCUACAGCAAAGGUUUUGGUGUUGAGGAAUCACGGCGUGGUUGCUCUUGGGGAGACCAUCGAAGAGGCCUUUCACUACAUCUACAAUGCCCAGUAUGCCUGCGAAAUCCAGGUGAAUGCCAUCUCAUGUGCUGGCGGCGUGGACAACCUGAUAGUGCUGGACCAAGAGAAGUACAAGUCACGAGUGCAUGCCGUGGCUUCAGCGGGCAAUGUGAACAUGGCCAGUCAAUACAAGUGGAAGGUUGGCGAGCUGGAGUUUGAGUCUCUGAUGAGAAUGCUGGAUAAUCUGGGCUACAGGACAGGUUACACCUACCGGCAUCCAAUUGUGCGGGAGAAGCCGAGGCACAAGAGUGAUGUGGAGAUCCCUGCCACUGUCACAGCGUUCAUGUUUGAGGAUGAUGGGGACGGUGGCGCCUCACGGCUGCCCUUCAAGUUCCUUCAGCAGCGGCAGCAGAGGGAGAAGACACGUUGGCUCAACUCACCCAACAGCUACACCAAGGUCAAUGUGGAGGGAGGAGAGGAGCGCUACAACAGCCGGACAACCAUGUGGAUGAAAGCAGAUGAGACGGGAACCCCAAUCCGGAUUGAGGACCCCAAUCAGUUUGUCCCUCUCAACACAGACCCUACUGAGGUGCUGCAGAAGAGGAACCAAAUCAGAGAGCAGAACCGGUUUGAUGUGAUGACAUCAGGGCCACGCUCUCAACACCUUGCAGGCAUCCCUGUCGACGAACCACGACGGCCAUACGUGCCCACAGAGGAGGAGCAGAUGGCUCCCUUGCCUCCCAACCCCUUCAGUGAGCUGUCAGAGAAAGACCUGGAUGAGUACCGCAAAAAUAUGGAUAGGAGGCACCUGGGCCCUAACGAUGGCGAACACGAGCUAACCUCCGACGAUGGCUCCACUCUCUCUCAGUCUAUGUCUCUCACCCAGUCCCCGCAAAGCACUCCAGCUAAAGAAGAGAACCACACGGGCCUGAUGAAUGGCAAAGAUGACCACGGCGACGUGGAUGAGGAGCUGUGCAAGCGUGUGAGCCAGCUGACCACCAGUGUGGAGAGUGUGGAAAUCACGGUGCGCCCCGGCGAGAAGAUCGAGGAGGCACUGUCCCCAGAGAGCUCGCCCUCCAAAUCACCCAACACCAAGAAGAAGAAGAAGUUCCGCACCCCGUCCUUCCUAAAGAAGAAUAAAAAGAAAGAGAAGACGGAGGCCUGAGAGCAAACAGGCGACGGGGUAGAGGCAGGCAGGAAGACCGUCUGCAUAGAAGAAGAGAGAGAAGGGCAGCAGCCACCUUUUCUGUUAAAUGUCUGUUUUUAUUUUGUCCUGUUUUAAAUGUCAUUCUAUGAUUUCUGUUUUUUAUUUUAUUUUAAGUUUUUAACAGAAGGUUCUAUGUGCUUAAGGCAGAAGAAAGGAUUUAACAAAAAAUGAAUUAGUUUGUAAAAAAAAGAAAAAAGGUCUCACAUUCUGUCAAAACACAAGAAUAUUUUGGGGUGGGUGUGUGGGUCCACAAAUUAACGUUGCAGCAGAUGUGAGAUGACAUGGUGUAUGUUGUCUACACAACUCAUCACCUAUGCAGUACUCUAACAGGGCUCCUCAUGAGCCUUGAAGUGUCAGUUGAGGCCAUUUAGAUCCUGAAUAACUGGAUCCUCUUGUGUUGUUUCCCAGGCUGAGAACAGAACUUGAAACCACCUUGUGUUUUUCUUGCUGCAAAAAUCCAAUUUUAUGAAAUGAUUGGAUCAUGACGUGAGUGUUGCAAAGCUGCACAAGCUAAAACAAAACCCUUUUUUAGUCUGCUGAGACUCCCCAGUCUUUUAAGGUUUUGUUUUCACAUUUGGUCACCUGACUCUGCAUUAGGGAACUGAGAGGCCACAUGGAAUUUGAAGUCACACUGGAAAACUGGUCUCAGACAAAACAUCCACAGGGUCUGUGUUGGUUUAUUUACUGUGAGAGAGGUUUUCCCUCUGCCUCACUCUCUCACACUUUUCAAGCUUCUUAAAGAGCAAGCUUCAGAUACAAACCUUCUCCUCAACUGGUUGUGGUUGAAUUUCAACACCACAGACGUGUUUAAGACUUACUAGACUGGAGUAGAGAGUGAGGAAGAAGGCUGACGGUCUAUCACAACUCAGUUGACAUUAUCUCAAAGAGCCGUCAACCCACUCUGAAUAUUUAUGUAGCAUUUUUCGUAUCUUCUCCUCCUCAUCUCAAUUUCUUUUUUUUGCCAAACUAAAAGGAAGAAAGAAAGAAACAAUCUCACUUUAGUGACGUGUCACUGUGUUUUAGUUUAUGUCAUCUCAUGAAAUUUGAUCUCUUUUUUUUAUUGAACACAAAUUUGGUGUUAGUCACCUCUGUUUUGUACUCAUUUCUAAGCUUUUACAGAGAAUACAGAUGUUACGCAUGUUUUCUCUUCUUUGCAAGAAGUGAAUUUAUAUGGCUGACGUGAUGCCUGAUUGCUAAUCUUCAGAGUACACAAAUUUACUAUAUAACACAGAUAUAUGGAAACUGGAUAUGUUGGCUAUAGAUUUUUAACUAUAUAUUUUUUAUUUUAUUGUGCUGCACUUUUCUUGUGGUAUAUAACACAUUUUAGUUGCAGGUGGUUUCACCAGUGAAGGAGAUUGUGAAGUAUUUGGUAAAAGGUGUGCAAGUAGCAAGCGAGGCAUGGUUUCGGAGAGCGGUCAGGACCCAGAAAGUGAGUCAUAAGAAGAAAGAAAAGUCUUUCAUUGGUGUCACACAUGAGAUAUUAUCUCUACUCAGCGAAACUAAAAAAAAAAAAACCUAAAAAAAAACAGGAGGUGUAGUGCCAAAAUACUAAGUCAAACUAUCUGCAGUCGCCAGCUGAAAUGAGAAUCAUGGAUCUUGGAGUGUGGAGCGGUGACGUCUUUGUUUGGUGUUUUUAUGUGUGUGUUUUUAAAGCCAUAUUGUAAUUUUUUUUCCUCCAUUAUUUUAAUGAUGAGACAAGGGUUGAGAUUCUCGUCUGCCUGCUCGGGCAUCAAGGACCCAAUAAGACCUCUGUUAAAUCACCCCAGUGACUGCAUCGACACCCCUCAGGCUCCCAAAAAACUUUAUUUUCAGUAGCUACAUUCACUGCAGCUACGCUUCCUCGCUUAAUUUGCCGUUUAUUUCCUCCUCAAACUGGAAGAUUAUAAGGAGGUCACAUGGACAUUUAUUUUUAUUUGAUCACUCUGCGAGCCCGGUCGUCAUUUCAGUUUCUAAAAGCCUCCCUCGUGUAAUUUCUCUCGUAAACACGAUCGUGUUGUAACUGUCAGAUGACCCACCGUUGAACUCUGCAAAGCCAAAGUGUGAUGGGUUGCCACAUAUCCUCCCCCCGCAGUUUAACCAGAUGUACCAAUAUCCCAGCUAGCAAUGUGAAGUAUUGGAUUUGGAGGGGGGGAGGGGGGAGGGGUUUGGUUUAGGACACAUCUUUAGCUGUGUUAAACGAUAGCUUUUGGCUCUGGGCAAAGAGCUGAGGUCACACAACUGAAAGAUGGAGAAAGGGAGGUGUGAGUUUGGAAAUGGAAGUGCAUAUGUGUGUAGCAGAGAGGAACAGGGGGUAAGGACAACCUGACACUAACGCAUCAUGUUUUUAUCACUCUUUCAUACCAUCUCUCCUCCUGAAAAGUUCUCUUUUUUUUCAUCCUUCAUUUGUAUCGCAGUACGCUUUCUUUUUUUCUCUUUUAGUUUGCAGAGAGCACUAGGCUUGUUUUUAUUAACCAUUUUAUGAGCAUAAAUUGCUCCCAGAUGAACUGAAUGUGCAUUGCAUCCUUUUUAUUUUUCCUCUUCUGUUUCCAACUGUUUGCACCUUGCUUUUACUAAUGCCUCUUUAUCCACUUUUUUUUUUUCUGUUUUUCAAAAGAGAACGAGUUUUGCUUUGGCAUGCCAGAAUGAGCCAAGCUACUUUGUGACCUGUGAAAAUCCUAUAUAAAUGGUUAUCUAAUGGAGUUGCUUUUAGAUGUAUUGCUAAUCAGUGUAAAUUCACAAAUAAACUGUAUUUUAAGAAACAGA